AUGUCCCAGUUUCCACGCCGUCCUCCAGUCGUAGACCCUCUGCGGGACACUCCAGACCCAGAAGGUCAUCCCAUCAUCCCCGAACUCGUCUCAUUCACGCCCGCCAUAUUCUGUCCCAUUGGCGAAAACGACAAACUCCAAGAUACCCUGACCCCUGCCUCCUUCACUAAACUCGACCGUCUGCAGGCAGAGCUUGAGGCCCUUAGUACUCACGGCGUGCGCACCCGCGACAAUUUCCUCGCUCUAUGUGUGCGUGAGCGCGAGCGCAUCUUCCAAGAAGGCCGACGCUUCGAAGCCGUUGACAGAAAAGCAAAAAAAGUCGUCCCAGAUGUCGAGCGCGGACUCGCCGCUCAUGAGCUCGGCAUGAUGAUCGACAACAUGGAGGCCCCAGCGCCGAAGCCAGGUUCAAGCAGUUUAGGAAACAGUCCGGUACCUCCAGCCAGUUUCGAUAUAUCCAAGGCGCGGUCGUUACGCGAGCGCCAGGCAUUUCUACACAUGCAAUUUAUAGCGACAUCGGCCAACACGGCUGAACAGCGUGAGCUAGAAUUGGGCUGGCGACAGGCUGAGCUCGAGAAACAGAUCAAACAGGAGCAAUUGAAGGAAGAUCAGGAGCAACACGGAGCCCACUAG